UGCGAACUUUCUCCGAGGAUCUGGAGAAAUGGCUGGACGGGGCUGUCGCCGGAUUUCCCGAUAACCUCCGCACUGUAAAGAUCGAAAUGGGUCGGCGGUUCUCGCAGAGCCUGCGGCGGCACCUGUCCCUGAGCCAGCUGGUGCAGGCGUGGCGCGUGCUGGCCCGGGGCGGAAGCCAGGGGUCCGGCCACAUGCUGCGCGACUGGAGCCAGCUGGACCUGACGGCCCUUUGCCAAGAGACGCUGUUCGGGGGGCAGCAGCAGCCCAGGCCCUCGCUACACUUCCUCUACAGACUGGUCAAAGAGUUUGAGGCAUUUCUGGCAGAAGACACCCCCGUGGAAGUCUAUCUAGAUUGGCUCGAAGCUGUCAUCCGGAAAACCGUGUCUUUGCCCAGCCUGCGGAGAGGGCUCUCUGCCCGAAAGCUAGCUGGGGAGUUCCUGCUUCUCUGGUCGGCAUUUGGGACAAGGAUCAUUCGUGACAUGACCCUUCACAGCGCGACGACCUUCGGUAAGUUUCCAUGUCUUCAUUUAUCAAAUAUCGCAGCUUAUCUUCAAGACCUAAUUCUCUAG